GCCAGAAUGAUUUUGUGGGCAGACAAUCCAGACAUUGAUAACUAAGAAAAAGGUUGAUACUUCAUCGUUGUGCCAUAGGAGCAGAGGGAAUGUAAGGUUUACGAGUUCAUACUGCAAACAAUUAGGGAGUAAAUAAUUAUCGGCAACAAAAAUGUCAUCUAACCCUUCACCCACGGGAACGGCUCUCACUGCUUCCGCUUCGGGUCAAUCCAAGCGCCCGCUCUCUUACCCUAAGCCCCAAGCUGAGUUUCAGGAAAUCGUUCGAAACCCACAGCUUUUCUGGCAAAUGCUUCAAGCUUUCCAUGUUUCUCUGGGUGCCAAAUACUUGGUUCCUACUGUAGCAGGGAAGCCUCUAGAUCUACAUCGUCUUUUUGUGGAGGUUACUGUGCGAGGUGGAAUAGAAAAGGUUAUCAGAGAUCGAAGAUGGGAGGAUGUGAUUGGGGCAUUCACUUUUCCAUCCUAUGUAACAAGUGCAUCAUUCAUCUUAAGAAAGUACUAUCUCUCCAUGCUUUAUCACUUUGAGCAGGUCUAUUAUUUCCGCAAGGAAGAGCCUUCAUCAGUCCGCGAUCCUACUGACAAAACUUUUGGUGCCUUAGAAACCGGACAUCCUAUUGAUGGCGAUGCCACCGUAAAUCCACUGUCAGGGACACCUAGUAUUGAAGUGGGUGAUUCAGUUGUUGGCACAAUUGAUGCGAAGUUUGAUUAUGGUUAUGUAAUAUCUGUGAACAUGGGUCCCGAGAUAUUCAAUGGCGCUCUUUAUCAUAAAGCUAUGCAACCAGACUCAUCUCAGAGUGCUAGUACUUCAACUGGACCCGCUAAACUGAAUAGAAAGAAACACCAGCUUGCUCUAACGGAUCCCUCUAGACCAAGGCAAAACCUAAGCGGCUACAAUUUCUUUUUCGCUGAACACUAUGCCAGGCUGAAGCCUGCACAUCACGGCCACGUGAGAGCUAUCAGCAAGGAAAUUGGAAUGCUAUGGAGCAGACUCUCAGAGGCCGAGAAACAGGUUUAUCAGGAAAAGGGCUUGAGAGAUAAGGAGAGAUACAGGACCGAGAUGCUCGAGUAUAAGUCCUCUCAGCCCGUACAAAUUCAAUAGAUGUAGCUGGUGUAUGAUUUCCCAUGGGAUCACUACUUCCUACAACGGUUUCUUUAUAACAUGGGAAAUUGUUUUUGUCAAUUGGCCUAGUUUAGAUCUUUUCGCCUAAUAUUCUCUUUGGUGGAAAUGAAAUUCUCAGGCCUUAAUUAGUGCACAGUUUGGAACAUAGGAAAUGGGCUUUUCUUUCCUUUAGUAUUAGUUUUGGAGUGGACAAACUUCAUAGUCAAGUCAUGUUCAUCUAGUUUGACAAUUGAACAUGAAUGUAAAUUAAAAUGAAGAUGAAGGUUGCUUAAUUAUAUUGUACUUUUAAAUUGAAUUGCAUGUUCAUUUGAA